UUCUACAUUUUAUUUAGAAAAGAAAAAGAAAAAGAAAAAUAGAAAAGAAUCCUUUCAUUUCUCCAAUAAGCUGUAUGUGGCUACAUUUCCGGUUUGUGCUCUGAGCAGUUACCAGUGAGAGUACAAACAGAGGAACAUUUAGUCCCUUCUUGGAUCUGGAUGAGAUUCCUUUGUUCCUUUCUUUUAUAAUCUAUUCUUCUUCAUUUGGCGGUUUCUCUCUUCAUCUGCAACUCUUCUUCUCCCUUCUUUUCAUUGGUUCUGUAGAUUUAAACGCACAUUUCUGUGUGUUUAAGACUGAUCUUUUUCAGACAAACUACAACACAUGUUUUAGUGUGUUUGUUCAUCUUUCUGUUUAUGGUUAGAUUCUUGUAAGAUUGGAUCCAAUUUCCAAAAGGGUUUUUUAUCUUUCUCCCUUCUCCUUUUUAUAUUCAGUGGAAUCUGGGAAUCUAGGUUUGUAAAAAGGCGCAAAUUUUUUAUUUCUUUUAGAUCCGUAGGUUGCUAUUAGUGUGAGACUCAUAAUUCUGAUCCAAAAGAUUAGAUUUUUUUUUUUUUAAUUUGUGAAUUUGGGUUUCUUGAAGCUUCUGAUUAGCUGGAGAAACAAUGGGGGGUUCUGAUUUGAAAAAUUGAACGGGUUCCAAGUUUUCUACAAAGAGAAAGGCUAAAACUUUGGAGUUAUAUAAAUAUGGAAGGUGCAUCAUUCUCGUUAUGGUUUUAAUGGUGGUUACUGUUGCUGAUAGAGAUAGAGAAAGUAAAAAGAAAGCUUUAAAAGCCAUCUCUUCCAAAUUAUUGCAAACACAUCAUUGAGGCAAAAAGUUAGGGUUCUUUGGAAAUCAAUAAAGGGAAGAGUAAAAGGGGGAACACAAGGCAGAAGAAAGCGAAAAAAAGUAGUCCUUUUUCUUUCUGCAGAAAGUUCCGGCGCCGGAGAAUUGUUUUGUUAUCUAUAGAAAUGGCUGCGAAGCUUCUGCAUUCAUUGGCAGAUGAUAGUGCAGAUCUGCAGAAGCAAAUUGGAUGUAUGAAUGGGAUUUUUCAAAUCUUUGAUCGUCACCAUGUUCUCACAGGCAGGCGAAAAAGCCUUACUUUAGGUAAUGGAAAUGCCAGUAGUAUCAACUUUGAGAGAGAGACUGUUGACACAUGUUAUCAAACAAAAGACACUUUUCAGGACUCAAACAUUGGUACAAAUGUGAAAGAGAAGCAAAGGGUUUCAACAGAAUCAUCGAGGGUUUCUUUUUCAUCUUCGUGCUCGUCCUCCCUAUCGUCUUCUGAGUUCAAUAGAGGAGUUCCACCUGAAGCUUGUGCCUAUGACCAAGCCAAUUUCCCAGAAUCUCCUACAAGCGAUCCUGAGAUGGCAGAAGGGAAUGGAUUUUCACAUCUAGGACUUGACCUCAGAGAUGUUGUGAGAGACUCUAUGUAUAGAGAAGCCAGAGGGCUUUUGAUUAAGACUCCUAUGACAAGAGAGGAAGUAGUUAGACGCAGCAGAAGAGAGGAUUCUCCAAGGCCUCAUGGUUUGAAGCAAUCUACACCUGCUGAUCUCAAUGAGUCAUUCAGAUUUCUAGCUAGACUUAGAGAAUCACCUCAACAUUAUAAUGAGGUUGGAGCAAAAGAUGCACCUCGUUACUCCGUUGAUUCUCACGAUACGUUGAAAUCCAGACAGAAGUUGAAAGAGUUGCCUAGGCUUUCUCUGGAUAGUAAAGAACGAGUGGUGCGAAACUCCAGUGUUGAUCUUAAAUCAGGUAGGCUUUCUGAAAGUUCCAGCGGAAGCUCAAGCAGCAACAAGAAACGGCCUCCCAGUGUUGUUGCAAAGCUCAUGGGCUUGGAGACAUUGCCGGGUUCUCCAUUGGGUAGAGACAUCCAUCAGUUUGGUUUGAACAAAAUCGACUCUUUCGACCAUAACAACGAUCCAUUCUCAAGAUCACUGAGGGAGAAAAAUCUGAACCGUACAAUCCGGUUUUCUCCUAGCUCACCGAGAAGCUUGGGGAAGGAUCCGUCUUCUCCAAGAUGGAGAAACUCUGAUUUUGUUAUGAAACCUCUAUCAAGCUCAAGAUUUCCCAUUGAACCAGCUCCAUGGAAGCAACCUGAUAGAAACCGGGUUUUGCAGAAGCAAGCUAGCAUGCCUGUGAAAGCAGCGCCGUCUGAAGUACAGAAAUUUUCUCCUACUGUGUACAGUGAAAUGGAGAGGAGAUUGAACGAACUUGAGUUCAAACAUUCGGGAAAAGAUCUGCGAGCUCUUAAACAAAUAUUAGAGGCUAUGCAAUCAAAGGGUUUCCUGGACACAGAAAAACAACCACAAUCCUCAAACUUGGCAGCUCAAAGAGAUUACGAAAGAGCAAAUUCUGUGACUUCCAACCAAGCGAUGUCAUCCAGAACGAGAGCCCCGUCUUCUUCAUUUUCAUCUAACCAGGUAUAUCAAUCCCCGAUUGUGAUAAUGAAACCUGCUAAACUUGUUGAGAAGGCUGGUAUUCCUGCGUCAUCCCUUAUUCCCAUUCAUAGUCUAUCUGGACUUAAUAAGAUCCGAAGAGAAAAACCUGAUGAUAAAGGAACUUCAACAAGUAGUAAACGGACUACAAAAGACUGUAGUCCUGGAAGGGCAAGAGCUGAAUCAUGUAUCAGCUCUGUUGAUAAGAAAUCUGACAGCAGAAAUGUGCGGUCUUCUUCAAAGAAGCCUCAUCAGGUUCCCAAAGAAAGUACUUCAAAGAGUUCAGGAUCUGUAAGUCCAAGAUUGCAGCAGAAGAAGCUUGAGUAUGACAAACGUUCACGGCCACCAACCCCUCCAUCUGAUUCUAGUAAAUCAAUGAAACCAUCAAACCGACAACUCGCGGAAUCUACUUCUCCUGGUGGCAGACGUAGACCCAAGGCUCAAAAGAAUUUGCAGCAAAAUGAUGAUCAACUUAGUCAAGCGAGCAAUGAAUCUAGGACGUCAAGCCAUGAUAUGUGUACUCAAUCUGAAGCAGAAGCCGCUGCUGGUGUAGAACAAGCAACUGAAGCCGAUGGUGGUAAAAGUCCAUCUAUAAUCGAGGCAGCCAAAGCUGUAGUCUCUAACUUAAUGCAGAAUAAAUCCAGUCCAAGGUUUAGUGAAGAUGGAUCGUCAGCAAACCUUUCACUAAUUGCUUUGGAACAUCCAAGUCCUAUUUCUGUUCUCGACUCCUCAAUUUACAGAGAGAUUGAACCAUCUCCUGUGAAGACACAAGGUAAUGUUGCCCAUGACUCUGGUGAUGACCAUUGUGAGGACCAGUGGAAUCCAGCUUACAGUUUCUCAGAAACCACAUCAAGCUUUUCGCCAGAGAUAAACCGCAAGAAGCUUCAGAAUGUUGAGCACUUGGUUCAAAAGCUCAGACGACUGAACUCUAGCCAUGAUGAAGCCAGCCAAGAUUACAUUGCAUCACUCUGUGAGAACACAGAUCCUAGCACCGAUCACAGAUACAUCUCCGAGAUUCUAUUAGCCUCAGGUCUCCUCCUCCGAGAUCUUGGCUCAGGAUUAACAACGUUUCAACUACACCCUUCAGGCCACCCGAUCAACCCAGAGCUGUUCUUUGUUCUUGAGCAGACAAAGGGAAGCAGCUCUACGCAUCUGUUACACAAAGAAGAAAACAAGGUUUUGAACAAGGAGAAGCUCAACCGCAAACUUGUGUUUGACACCGUUAAUGAAAUUCUUGUGGAGAAACUAGCUUCGGUUGAAGCCACGAUGAAUCCAUUGAUGAAGUCAUCAACUAAGAUGACUAAGAAAGCCAUGAGUGCGCAACAGCUACUGAAAGAACUGUGUUCAGAGAUAGAAACACUGCAAAAGCAAGCCACAAAGAGAUCAGAAAACUUCUUGUUGGAGGAAGAAGACGACUUCUUGAAAAGUAUACUAGCAGAAGAUGUGAUGGUUCGGUCUGGGAAUUGGGUGGACUUCAAUGGAGAAAUCUCAGGAUUGGUGCUGGAUGUGGAGAGGCUUAUCUUCAAGGAUCUGGUGAAUGAGAUCGUACAUGCGGAGACUGGCCGUCUGCAAGCAAAGUCAGGAAGGCGAAGAACGCUUUUCACGGACCAGUAGCUAAGGCUGUUGAAGAAAGACUAGAUAUAUACACUAGUAAUUACUCUUCGUACGCUAACUCUUUAACUGUGUUAAGUGUUUCUCUCUGGUCUUUCUUUUGCUCUGCUGAUUCAUAAUCAUAUAUUGUGACUGAAGUUCUUGAGAUGGUUACCUGAAAUAAAACUAUAAAGCGGUAUAGAAGCAAGAGAA